AAAUGUUUAGGCGAGAAUAUUAUUGAGAAAACAUUUUAUUGUUACCCAUUGGAGUAAUAAAUAACUGGAACAUGUAAUGACACUUUUCAGGUUGUUGACACUAAGAUUUAUAGAUUUCUGUAUACCAACUAAAGGGGAAAUUGUUCCCCUAUAUGAAUUGCAUCAACAUUAUAAUGUAGACUACACCCCUCAGGAAGACAGAGAGGGGGAUCUUGACAUUGACAGUUGUUAUCGACCAUGAAGAGCUCCCACUCUUUGAUACAACACCUAUCCAAUGCAGCUAUCAAUCUGUGGCGGUGUUGUUUCUCAUCACGAUACACACCAUCUGGGCUGACCAGUACUGCCCCGGAGUAUGUCUGCCCUGCCACUCGAGCAGCCCCGCGGUAGUGAAACAAUCCCCAACUCAGAUCCUCACAAACAUCCACAAUCGUCCACAUCUCAUCUGUAACCACUCCAUUAUCCAUGACGCUGAAGUGGAACGUCCCCGGGGCUUCCCCCCGCCUUACUUUGUACUUUCGCCUUCUCCACGACGUAGCGCACCCAUCGAGUGUCCUCACCUGAAAGACUGCCUCACACCAGAACGUCCCCUUUCCUUCUCCUCUAUAGAAUAACUGGUACUGGCAUGGGAAUUGAUCAUAGGCCCGGUUUUGCCCGGCCACAACACGCCAACUCCAAUCUAGUUUCCCCAACCAACCCACGAGAAGAUCCUCCGCGGUCUCGUGACACAAUCUUUGCCCAUGAAACCCUGACAUCGGGGUCACGUGAGGUUUUUCUGGGAUUUUGACGUCGAAUCCUAAGCAAUUGUUCUUCUGAAGUACACAAAGAGAGAACUCUUCCAGGAGUGGACUCUCGUAGGAUGCUAUACAUGUGUAAUUGCAUACCUGGUCGCCUGGGCUGCACUGGUUUAAACAUCGAAGGGCUUUUCUACAUAUAGGAUCAGAAAGGCAGUUCAGUAUCUGUGCCCCACAGUUUUUCAGCAUACACUUAAAGGUAGAAAAGCCUUUCGCUCUUAGGUUCUUUAGUGUUGGAACUGGAGUUAUAUAAGCAUUGAUUAUAACCAGCAAACAAAACCGUAUAUCAUCACAGUUGUGCCUCUCCCAGGCUAAAGACACAAUUUGGGCCACUUCUCUUGAUUCAUGCAGUUUCUUCCAUUGAGAAGUUGGUACUAAUCUUGUAAAUAUAUUAUUAUCAUUGGUCUCAGUUUCAAUUACUAGCCCUCCCAGUUUGUUUGUUAAUGCUACAGAUGACUCGAAACAUAUGAUAUUUGGGACAUAAUGGCAAUUCGCUUGAAUCCAUUUGACUGACUCUUUACUGGUAACAGCAAUGACUAUCAAAACAUUUGAUCGAUGCACUUCCUCUGUAACACGUUUGGCAGUAGUUUCACAGUUAGACUGAUAAAAGUUGUCACUAAAUACGUGCAUUUCAUACUGCUCAUCAACCCAUUUCAAUCUUUGAGCCUGCAUGAAAAUAGUUUAUGCAAAGAAAUUGCAUCAAAUGGGAGUAGAACACAGAAAAAGCGCACAAAUAGAAAUAACUAAGUUUUAUUUCUAAAACGUGACUUAUAUGGUUAUAUUAAAAGUAACUUUCUAAGAGUCCUAUUAUGGGAAGAACAAAGUGAUGAUUAGGCAUUAUCUAUGUUGAUAGAAAAUAACCAGGGUAGAGAAAGCAACAUCACAUCAAUAUAGUAGAAAUGACAUAGUGAAUACAUGGGGGUGAUGGUCUAUUUAUAGGCAUCCACCACAAAUCCAAAUAAUAAUGCUACAUGGGCUUGGCCCAAUUUAAUAACUAGUACCGACGCUAACGGGCCAACAAGCCCAAUAAAUAAGUAAACAAGCCCGUGCUGAUUUCUGCUAGCUGGGAUGCGUCUUGGGCCUGGUUGGGCCUAGGCUCGGGUGCAACGAGCCGAUAGUACUGGACCCGACCCAUUAUCCCAACAUGAGUCCCCCACUCCCUUAGUCGAGUAGUAGACUUGGCUAUAAGGGAGUAUUUGUGAUGCUCUAAAAUCGGCCCGAUUAUUGGAUUAACUGUUUGGUUGCACAACUUUCUGUUGAUAAUUGUGAUCUGAGGCGUGUAAGGAUGAGAUUUUCCUCGUCUGGGUAGCAGCCUGGGGUCUUGGUUGUUCGAUUAGCAGCUCGGGGUGUUCUUUGUCCUGUCCGGAGAGACGUCUUCCUUUGUUCAUAAUGAGGGGGUGUCUCGUUAAAACUUUACUAGGAAAAAACUCACUGGGAAAAAAUCCUAGUGAAGGAAAAAGAGUACACCGGUGCCCCAAAAUAAAGCAAAGGAAGGAUAGAUCCCCGAGUUUUUUUGCAAAUGGAACGAGGGAUCUCGCUGGUACGCAUCAUUCUCCACCGGAUUUGUCAAUUUGAGCCUAUAAUUUUGAAUCAUGGGCCUUGAUCCGAGCUGAGUAAUAAACCUCAAACGCUUGACCCUUUUCUCACAAUAUAAAUAUUAGUUCCGACCGCACUCCUCUAUUUCUCACAAUAUAAAUAUUAAUAGCUUGGAACUAUGCUUGAUUUAUUAUUAUUAUUAUUAUUAUUAUUAUUAUUAAUUAAUAUCCAUUAAUUCCCCCAUAUAUGAAAAAAACUUCCGCCUUGUAGAAAACAACCAAACCCUAGCUGUUCUUGGGUUUGAAUAGUGUAACAGUACUAUUCACUUUCAUCUGCAAGUGUCAUCGUCAUUCACUAUGCCAGCACACCGGCAAACUCUAGCAAACCCAAGCCAACCUCGCCUCUUCAUCCUCGUAUGACGUCGUCGUUAUUGCAUGGUCCGAGUCUCCAUAGGACAUAGACAGCCCACGAUCAGUUUCAAUCCAGGGAAGGAGUCAUACACGGGUGUCUGGUUGUUCCAUGAGCACGUUGUCAUCGCCAUCCCGUGGUCAGCGUCACAGGAAAGCUUCGAGCAGUCCCAAUCCUCGUCCGCCCCAUAGAACCCCUAGCCUAUCAUUGCAUGACCAAACUUUGAGUGAUCCCAGUCGCAUGCGUUGAGACGAGAGUCCUGUUGAUGGUGGCCGGCCAGGGAUUGCACAUCAAUACCCACAUGAAGGCGUUGCCAAGGUGGCUCGAUAGCAUGCAACGGGGGUCGAUCAGAACCCUGGGUCGCUCUCCCCUACCAUUCAUGAAAAAAAGGGGAAGGCGGUCAUAACCCAUGUCACUCACCGGACCGCACACCGCCAACUUGAUUGGGAUCCUGCCAGGCCGCUCUUGGAGAAAAAGGAUGCACGCCCUUGCUCCCUUGCUGUAAUAAUUGAGAUUUAUUUUAAACGGAUUAAUAGUAAUACUCAUACCAACAAGGUGCAUCUCCUUUUAAGGGAGCUCAUCAGCUAAGAACUCCAAAGUUAAGCAUGCUUGCACGAGAGUAAUCUUGGGAUUAGUGACCCCUUGGGAAGUUUCUCAGGGCGUGCAAGAGUGAGGACAAAGUGCACGUUAAAGGAUCAUGGAGGUUUGUGAGGACAAUACUAAAGGUCUGGAUGGUGUGUAUGAGUAACUACCUCGGGCCCUGCGACAAUACAAGGUGGCAUCAAAGCAACCCUGCGACAGUGUGCUGAUCCGUUGAAUAUUGGGUAAGCACUUAGUAGGGGAAAGAUUCUGGGGUUUGAUUGAGAUUGAUUGAUGGGCGCAAGGAGGACGUUGCAUUCCUAAGUGGGGGUGAUUGUAAUACUUAAGACUUAAUUUAAACGGAUUAAUAGUACUACUCAUACCAACAAGGUGCAUCUCCUUUUAAGGGAGCUCAUCAGCUAAAAACUCCAAAGUUAAGCGUGCCCUACGGGGCGGGGAGUUACACUUGCACGCAUACAACAUGAUGGCCAAGCCGCUGGAGCCGCUAGAGAGGAGGCACGACAUCAUUAGAUAGAGGACAAAUUAGGGCCAUUAGAUCUCAUGCAAGUGAGGGCGAUUAUCUUCUUUCCAUGCACCAACAUGGCAAGAGCAAUGCUUGAUCACAAUUGGUCGGUAAGGAUGGGCAACAACCUCACUACUUCACAAAUGCUGGAGAGGAUGCACGAGUGUUGAGAUUCCUGAGGUCAAUUUCAAAGGCACGUGCCAGCGACAGAAUUACUCGACCUCCCGGUGACUUGCACGAUCGGUGUUGACCUACUGGAGUGCAUGAGAGACCCAAUCUCGGAGCUAGGGUUGGGCUUUUACCCGUCGGAGAGCCCAUAGAACAUGUACUUGGUCGAAUUCCGGGGCAAGUUGAAGGAGAGUUUGACUCGACAUUGGGUCAUCCAGAGGAGGUCCUAGAGCUCACUGAUGAUGGUUCGGGACAAUCAGAUAGCGAUGGGGACGCAGACUCUGACAUGAUGCGACAUGUUAAGGCGGUGAAACAUUUGCAUCCUACUUGCACAAAAGAAGAGUUGAGGUUGGUGGAGCAUCUGGUCGGCCAUGAUUGCACCCUUGCACCCACAUGUUUACUACCACUUUCAUGGCCCGGUGUGAGAAGGGGUCCAUUCUACCUUCCAUCGCCUUGUUUUGUUAUUGCUUUCGCUGGAACCGUCUUAGUCGUAACUCGAAUGUUUGUGGGUCUGUAUCGUUCUACCAGCCACUGUAGCAUAAGUUGUUUCAGCAGCACCGCGACAACACUAGGAGGUGGCAGAGUAAAUGGGUGUGGGCGCUAGCUCCCAUUAGUCUCCCGUUAGAUUCACUUGGGGUACUUCAUUGCCCGAGUAUCAACUUGUUUCCUUCACUUCCAGUCUUGAGGAGGAGAUCAAUACUUUGUUUCAGGGAAGCCCUUUUAUGAUUACUUCAUACGUGGGCAUGUCCCGCGCCCUAAAAGGUCACAUUUUUACUAAUUAGUGUGAUUUCUUACCUUGUCUAUUUUUUUGUAGACGUGGCAGCUAGGAAAGGUGCACUUGCUGCCUCUGCUGCGGCGCAGGAUGCUAAGCCUCGACCAUCGAUGUUUGAUGUAGGCCCGCUUAAUGCAGGGGAGAAGAACGGAGCUCCUCCAUCUGUUGUUGGGGAAAGGCACUCGGCUUCCCCGCCUCGCGAGGAGCAACUUGUCAACAAGGGCCAAGGUGUAAACUGCUCUUUAGGUCGGGCAAGAGGAGAUAAUCCAUCCAGUAGAAUCCUUGCUCACUCUGUUUCUCUUCUUGUAGGUACAACAGGUCAGAGAAGCGAACUUGCCGCCCUUGUCCCGGCGAAGGAUGCUAAGUCCCGACCUUUGAGGUCAGACGCAGGUCUAUUUGAUAUCCGGGGAAAGCGCGGAGCUGACAUCCUAUUAAUUUUGCCCCGAACUGACAUCCCUAACACUUGUUUCUUUUGUAGGGUUUGAUGAGACUGAUUACUGCGUUUUGUGCCAAGGAUACCAGGUACAAGGAACUCUAGCAGCAGGUCAGCGAUACCCGAUACCCGAUGCCAGAUGGUCCAGGCUCAAGAGCUGGCGGAUAAAUCAAAGGCUGCCCUGAAGAUGCAUGCAGCUCGCCAUGAAGCAAAUGAGAAAGCUUUGUCCGAGCUCAAGUCCAAGUUCGCUCAGUUGGAGGGGUUGUCCAAGGAUGUAGGAGAUCAAGCAAUUGCGGUUUUCAAGGCCUCCCCUAAAUUCUCGGAGCUCAUCACUUUCAGGGUUGGCGUCCAGUCUUGGUUGCAAACCAAGGAAGGACGAGAAUGGCGUGAUGAUCAGGUCCAGACCUCUUGGGCAGCUGGUGAUGGCUUCGACACCUGGUCUCCUAGGUACCUUCCAGAUGUUUCUGAUGACUUAGAGGGAGAUAUAUACAAUUUUGAUCUUGAGGCAAUUCUCCAUGAUGCUCCUGGGAAGAUGCCUGAUCCUUAGAUUAUAGACCGUAGCUUUCUUACUUUAGUUUUCUAUGGAGAUGCUCAAUAUUUUACUUUGGUAUCCAGACUUAUGUUUUUGAACUCCCAUUCCUUAUUCAUAAAGUGUUUCGAUGCUUGAGCUUGCACAUGUGCAUUGUUCGUCCUUCUAAUUUACUUAGUCGUUUUUCGUUCAAAAUACUUGGAGAACUCAUCUGGGAUCUGGCUCCCCACCUAGACCGUGAGAGGGGGAAGGUUGGCAGGGCCAACCUUGACCGCGCUCUGCUUGGUAAGGCGGGGCUGACCCGCACACUGUCGAUCAAAGACAAACGUGUGUGUAAGCUGUUCGGCCAGUGGUCAGACAAUGAAUGUACGAGAGGGGCUCGAAGCAUGACCUCUUGCAUACCUUUUGACCCGAAGGCCGUUCUUACACCACCUUGCAACUAGUUUCAUACUUAGGAAAUACUGUGGUUAUUCCUUCUUUGAAAGUCGAGUUGAAAUUGGCCAAACGUAAGGGCAAGGCCCCACAUGAUCAGACCAGAACGGACCCGCACCGUUGACAGAAUUAAAUGAUUAUGUGGGUUGUUAAGCCUAACAACCUCAGACAACGGAUGUACGAUAGGUGCUUGGGGCACAACUACUCACAUACCUUCAGCCCAAAGGCUGGUCUUACGGUCGUCGCACCGUUGAUUAGAUUAAGCGAGUAUGCGAGCUGUUUAGACAGCAAUGUCGAACAACGGAUGUAUGAAAGGGGCUCGAGGCAUGACCUCUCGCAUACCAUUUUGACCCGAAGGCCGGUGCCACAGUCGCCCUGAACGAUCGGCUAAUCCUGAACUUAGAAAGUAAUUGAUCAUUUUAUUGCCCGAGGGACGAGCCGUGGUCGACUAAGCACCGAGGGCGAGGCGUGAUAUACAUUCUCUCUUUUUUUUUUGCUUUUCUUAAACCACCGUCCAUUCGUUUCCAAGUGAGUCAGACCUCAUCACAUUCAAGAUUGAAAAAAUAGAAUGUAUUUUUUCUAAGUAAUGGAAGAAUUGUAGCUUUCAAGAAGGUAUUAUGUGUUACACACUUGAUCUACGAGCUAUCAUGAUGUAUUGCCGAUACCACUUGAGAAGUUGCUCUGCAUUCCCUAGACCCCAAGCUAUGUUUGGGUCGAGAACAUCAUUCACGAAAAUCGCUUCGUUGAGGUUCGUCGAUGAUGUGGGAGCACCUACGGUGCUUCAAGGUUCCUUCCCUAGAAUCAAUAUCAUCGUCACCGGAUCGAAUGUUGGGUUUGCGCUUCUCGUGCGACAUAGUAGCCAAGUCGCAUCGCUUCCAUGACAACGUUCUCUUAUGUUGGUUGUUUCCUUGCUCUCCUACGAAUUGGCCCAAGUACCCAUGUUUGAUGAGCGCCUCAAUCUGCUUUUGGAGAGCAAUGCACAUGCCUCUGUCAUGUCCGAAAUUCAUGUGGAAUUUGCAGUACUAGUUUGUGUUGUGUUUAGCAGUGACCAUGUCACACCUCUGAGGGAAGGAUAGUAGGACUUGCUCCUCUACAUAGUCAUAAAUCGUUCUAGCUGGUUGAGCCAAAGGGGUCGAGUGUUUAGUAGGCCAAAUUGGACCGUUCGGGACUUUCUCGGCCUCCGGGUCAACAUGCUUUCCUUCCUUCCUUCCUUCCUUCCCUCCCUCCCUCCCUCCCUCCCUCCUUCCUCCCUCCCUCCCUCCCUCCCUCCCUUCCUUCCUUCCCCCCCCCCCUCUCUCUCUCUCUCUCUCUCUCUUCCUCGUCUCUCUCUCUCUCUCUUCCUCGUCUCUCUUCCUCUGCUCGGCAUCUUCAGCUUCAGCUUUGUGAUCCGCACGUCGCAGAGCUUCCUCGUAAAAGGGGGACGAAUACCUGAUGAAAUCCUCAUAGAGUUCACCUGGCCGGAUGGACUUUGUCAGUAUGGUUACUAUGGUCUCGUCAUCAAGGCUCUGAAUCUUGACUGACUCGUUUCUUCACCUUGCUAGGAAAGCUGACAGUGCUUCCUUUCUUCCCUGCUUUAGGCUGAAUAGAAAGCUGAAAUUCUAUACGACAUCUUGAGAGCGGGCAGACCUCAAAAGAAAAUGUCUGGACAGGUCCCUGAAAUUCGCAAUGCUUCCGUCGGACAAUGUAUCAUACUGUUAGUCUCUGUUUCUGUAACAGCAAUGAAUAAUCGAUCUAACAAAGGAAGAUUAAACGUAAAGAUGAAACAGAAUGAAUCACCGUAAAACCUUCUUUGAUAAACCGUGGAACGUACAGCAGAAUGAUAAGCGUAAGGCUAUGAAAUAAUAAGUACGACGUUCAACCUUUUCCUAAACCUCGGCUCCCUUUUUAUAGGCGAGGUUUAGGUUAGGCGUAACAGGCUUUUGGCCUGUUUAAAUGGGCCUAACCCUUGGCCUGAUUUCUAUCUAAUUUAUGCACUAUUUAAAUAAAAGGAUUAAAUAUAAAGCUAAUCUAUGACCAACUUGAUUCACAAUAAAAUAUCUCCAAC